AUGGUUGCGCAGUUACUAAGCUCGCUAUUGGAGCGGGCAUCGAUUGACGAUCAUGAGGAGGUCCUCCAGUCCUGCAACGCAGCCCUCGCCAAGUCUAAAUCCGACCUGAACAUCCAACAUAUCAAAGUCAUUGCACUAUUGAAACUCGACCGAUACGAAGAUGCCCUGCGUGUGCUGGAGGCCGGAGGCGACGCUCUGAAGAAGCGGGCUGGCUUGGAGCAUGCGUACGCGCUGUACAAAUGCGCAAAGCUGGAAGAGGCACUCACCGCUGUAAGCCAGUCAGGUGCCAGUCGAGGGGCUAGUCAUCUUGAGGCUCAAGUGACCUACCGUGCUGAGCAAUUCCGUCGCGCCGCUGAGAUCUACGAGCAAUUGUCCAAGGAACCCCAGGGAGAGGAAAACGACCUGAGCAUCAAUUCAUGGGCUACUGAUGCCCAGCUUCAGUGGAAGGGAGAGUCGGAAUACGUACGCCAUGAUCGGCCAUCAAGAGAGGAUUUGGAGUCGUUUGAAACCGCAUACAACGCUGCUUGCUUGAAUAUUGCCAAGGGCGAGUUCGCUCAAGGAGCAGUUCUCCUGAACCGGGCAAAGAAUAUUUGCCAGACGUCAGAAGAUCUCUCGCCUGAAGAUAGAGUCGCGGAGCUGCUUCCGAUUGCGGUGCAAUACCUCUAUGUCUUGAUCCGACAAGGCAAGACGGAGGAGGCCGAGUCGCUCCUCAAGGAAAUUUCGGUGGAAGACAUUCCUGAACUCUCAACUAAGAAAAUCGCUUGCAACAACAUCAUCCUAGCACGCCAGACAACUGUCAACCCUUACCUGCUGUACAAGUCUCUUCACGAAACUCCCGAUGCUACCGCCAAUGACCGAUUGUUCGCUUUCCAGGACAAUGCCCUGACGGGCAACUCACACGCAACGGAUCUUCUUGUCCAUAAAUAUGACGGUAUGAUCCGAUCAACAGCCAAGGGCCUCUCAAGAAGCUCUUGCCCAUCCACCGAGGCCAGCACAAACCUUCUUUCUGUGUACAACGCAGCAGCUCAUGCACAGGGAGAGACCGGCUCCAAAGGCCUGAAGAAGAUUCUGCCCUUACUGGAACGACGACCCAAGGACCUGGGUCUCUUGUUGACCGUCGUCCAACUGUACGUCAAUGCCGGCAACACUACCUCUGCGAUAACCGCUGUGGAGCGAUCACUUCAUAGUUUGGAAGAAUCCGUCUCCGAAGCCGACCAAGAAGCCCGUUUCAACCCUGGUCUACUCGGUGUUCUUGUCUCCCUGUACCAGCUCGAGGGCCGAAAACUCCAGAUUCGCUCAACCCUUGCACAAGCCGCUACCCACUGGCGCAACAAGCCAGAGGCCCCUACCUCUCUCCUACGUGCCGCCGCAAAGGCCCUCCUCCACUCCGAUAGCCCGGCAGACCUGGCCACAGCAGCUGACCUCUUCAAGUCCCUACACCAGCAAGACUCGAGCGACCGGAUCGCCAUCGCUGGCUACGUCGCCUCAAAGGCCACCCUGGACUACUCCAAAGUGGAGUCGCAACUUGAUCAGCUCCCCGCUAUCAACGACCUCGUUGCAGGUAUUGAUAUCUCCGCACUAGAGUCGGCCGGUAUCGCGCCAUCGGCCUCAUCUGCUGCGGCUGCGGCUGCAUUCGCCGGCGCUCGCAAGCGCUCUGCAUCGGACAAGGAAGGCCGCACCACGAAGCGGGUACGGAAAUCCCGUCUGCCCAAGGACUACGACCCUGCGAAGAAGCCUGACCCGGAACGUUGGCUGCCAUUGCGCGACCGAUCUUCCUACAGACCGAAGGGAAGGAAGGGGAAGCAGCGUGCUGCAGAGCGUACACAGGGUGGCGCUGUCAACGAGAAGCUAGGUGAGCCAGCUGCUGCGCAGCAGCAGACUGUUUCUGGGGGUGGCGGUAACAAGAAGAAUAAGAAGAAGGGAAAGCGGUAG